CAUUGAAAAUGGCAAGGUACAACAAAUAAAGAAUUAGUAAUAUUGCCACCCAAUUCCCUCUGUUAGAUGAGUCAUAAAGACUGCAUGUUAAUUUCUCUUACACAUAAAUCCAUCAUAUUAUAUCCUCACACUCACUACUUCUACCACUCCUAAACUCUUUAUUCAUUCUCUAAAUACCCUUUUGCCUAUAUUACAAACCCUUCUAUUCACUUUUUCUUCAUAAUAUAAUAAAGUGUUAUUGUUACAUCUACUCUCUUUCCAAAACCCUACCAAAUAACAAUGAACAUGAAAGGCAUGACCAAGAAGAAAAUGGGGGGAUUUAUGUGCCACUCUCCUGCCGCAACCGCCGUCUGUAUGACUCCCGAUUCGCGCUCAGCUAUCGUGCCCGGCCGGAGACUUGUUCCGGCCGACCGUUAUGUUAUCAACCCUACUACUAAUAAUAAUAGUAGUAGGGAUCAUCACAAUGGGAGAUUAUUCACCACUGCCAAGUACUCUAGACUUGUUCAUCAUCAACAGGAUCAUCAUUCUCAUAGAAAUUUGAUGAACAACAAGAUAAGUAGUACUACUACUACAUGUACUAAUUCGGUUGUUAAUAAUAAAAAAUCAGUCGUUUUGCCUAAUUAUUCCUUGAUCAAGGGCUCAUCACAAAAAGCUUUGAGGAUUAAUAUUAAUAAUGGUGAUCAUCAUCAUCAUCAGCAAAGACCUCCCAAACCACCACAACUUAUUAUCAAUUCAGUUCCUGAUAAUGUAUUCCAGGUGGUUGUAAUGCGAGUUUCUCUUCACUGUCAAGGAUGCGCUGGUAAACUCAAGAAACAUCUUUCUAAAAUGGAAGGAGUGACGUCGUUUAGCAUAGAGCUGGAAACGAAAAGGGUAACUGUGAUGGGACACGUGUCACCCGUUGGAGUAUUGGAGAGCAUUUCUAAGGUUAGAAGAGCAGAAUUCUGGCCCUCUGCAUGUUCUGCUGCCGAAUAGUUAUUUUAACUCUAGUACUUCUUUAUUAAUUAAGGUUUUUCAAACUUACCCCCAAAAAUAUGGAACCCAUUAUUAUUAUUAUAUAUUUAUAUUUUAUAGGAGAGUUCUGAACUCGAAGUUAUAUAAAUAUGUUAUAUCUAGAUCUGAUCAUCAUCUCAUCAACUGACUCAGAAGGAAUUUUAAUAUUUAUAUAUCUAUAUAUUUAUAAAUAUUUUGAAGCUUUGCAUGCAUUCUCCUUUAUUUGUAGGGUAACUAUCAGUCCCCAAUUGAGUUUAAUGUUAGGCAAAAUGGUCCUAUCUCAAAAUAAAAGCUAGGUAGAAUAAAAAAAUGGGUAGGUGAUGUGAGAAACUUUGAUCAUCAUGUGUGAUGACCAGCUUGAAGCUGUAUUGAUAGUGAAAUAUAUUAUGCUAAAUAUUUUUCUUUUUUAA